AUGGAACAACAUUACCUUCUAGCACAAAGGCUUGAAGGUAAUACAAGUAUCUCACAACAAACAAUAUCUUAUACUGGUGCUAGUAUUAGUAAUAUUGCCACUUAUGAUACUAAUAGCCAUGCUCAUAUGGACAAGCAUAAUGCUACUGCUUUUAGCAGAUAUCAUAUACAUCAAAUUUAUUCACGAAAAUUAAUUAAAGAAGCCUCUGAACUUGGUCAUUAUCAAGCUCAUAUUUGGGUUAAAACUUAUAAUUCAUCUGCUGAUUUUGGUGCAAGUGUGGUUAUCAAAGACAAGAUGAUCAUCUCACAACAAACAAAAGAAUUAGAUAAUGGUUUAUUUAUUGUUCAACCUGCUAAUAAUAAAAAGUAUGAAAGAUAUGAAAUGCCAGAUUUUAAUAUUUUGCCUGAAAAGAAACAAAAAAUUAAUAUAGAAUACAGAGAUCGUAAAUUCAAUUUCAUGUAUAAAUUGCAAGAAAAUGACAACAAUAAUAAUCAAAGUUAUUCUCAACCUCAAUCAUACUAUUAUAAAGAACCAGAUCUAGUGCUUUCUAUUUUUUUAUCAGUUAUUAAUAAUGACUCAAGUUCAAAUAACAAACUUGAUAUUAAUGCAAUUACUGAAUUUAUUAGUGAAAUAAUGAGUUCUUAUUUUAGAAUGAAAGAAAAAAAUUACAAGCAUAAACUACAAGAAAUAUUAUUGAAAAAAGAAUUAGACUCUUUUGUUAAUGACAAAGAGUUUUACAAAAGAAUUGAUUUCUAUUAUCUUAAUCUCAAAGAAAUUAAAAAUAAUAAUGAUAUGAGCGCUGCUUUUAGUUCUGUUUUACCAAAUCAAAUAAUUGUUCUUGAAGAUGUUGAUACACAAUCAAAUAUUCUUUAUAAAAGAG